CUUCCGCAGUAUGAGAGAAUUUUCGCAGCCGAGUGUGACAUCUCCCGCUUGCUUACGCGCGAGGGGUUUCAUCCAUGGCGACACCGUCGCCUAAAUCACUGGUCAUCGCACUGGUCGUGGCUGCCGUUGUGCUAGCCCAUCUAGCCAUCGUCGGACGGCAUCGUAUCUUCUCUCAGCUUGCGCAGUGCGAUUGCCGGACUUCCCGCCUUCAAGAAUCCACAAAAGCCGAAACGCCCAGCGACGAAGAUGACAUUGCUGGAAGGCUCAGGAAAAUAGACACCUACUGCGAGAAGUACGCCGGCGAAUUACAGGCGUUGAACAGUUGGGACGACUCGCUCAGCAGGAGCAGCGCCAAGUGUACGCGCGGCCCGCGCGCCCUUUACCUCGUGGACGAUCGUCGCUUCGCCUUCUGCGCCGUCCCCAAGGCCGCGACGUCGAGCAUCAAGGCGCUCGUCCUGCUGGCCCAAAACGCUUCGGCGAAGCUCGUCGACGCUGACGGCAUCUACAACGUCUUCCUGCGCAAGUUUCGCUUACUAUGCCCCAGCGAGUACGUGCGACACCAUAUCGUGGCCAACUACACCAGGGUCAUCAUCGUACGGCACCCCUUCGAAAGACUCGUGUCGGCGUACGUCAACAAGAUACGCACAAGCAGGCCGACGCUAGCGGCAGCUAAGAAACUCUACAAAGAUGGCUACCGUGGUAGUGGGCCCAACGGGACUUACACGUUUGCCGAGUUUGUAAAGAUCAUAUUGAACAUGUCUGUGGAUUCCUGGGACUCCCAUUGGGCGCCCUACACUGCUCGAUGCAGACCUUGUAUCAUGAGGUACGACCUCAUUGUGAAGGUGGAAACGCUUCACCGAGACCUGGACUUCUUGCUGCCGAGGAUUGGACUAGCUGGCUGGUCAUUUCCGAAGAAGAAUGCAAAGACUGCUGCCAAUGUCACUGAUGGCGGUUCAAAACAUUAUUUUGCGGAGCUCACACGACAGCAGGUGCUUCAGUUGCAUGCGAUCUACAUGUACGACUUCGAGUUUUUCGGCUAUACACUUAAGGGAUAUGCGACUCCUGCGUUCUGAGAGACUUCAGAGACAAAUUAUAGAUAGAAAGAGUUGACAAUGCUGCGUAGGCUGCAAAGUGGAAUGCAGCCCUCCACCGUGUACGACAGAAUACCCUUUUUCGCAUACAAGCCAGAGGUUCUCGUAACGUUUCUUUAUUUUAGCAACUGCGAAAUCUACUCUCCCUGUGGUGUGAAGAGUCGACAACAUGCAAUCGCUAUCGGUUAUCACCCUGUGAAUGUGUCAGCUGUAAAUCUGAUCGAUUGCUUGUGGCGGCCGCUCUAGUUCAACGUGCUUCUACCUCGUGUGUCACCAUCAUCCACUUUUCAUGUUGCGAAAUUUGUUGCCUCAUUCUAGGACGAUGCACCAAUCAAAGUCUAUAUCACCAUACAUCCCCGUCCGAGUGCAAGGAAACUGAGUGGCUGAUUAUUUUUUCCCCAAAAAGUGAACAUUUUGUUCACUUUUUGCGUCUCUCUCCCGGUCUUUCCAUCCUCACUCCCCUUUCCCACGCAGAGUAGCAAGUCAGCGCCGGCUAAAUUCUCUGCCUUUCAAUAAAGCUUUCUCUGGGGGCCAUACACGUACCUUUCAAAUAUGCCUUGUUGUUUUAUUAUGUUUAGCACAUUCAUGGCAAUUCUUCCUGCCAUCGAAUGGCGAAAGGCUGCUCGCGAGUGAUUAACCUUGAUAAGUGGCACGUCCUUUCUGCGGUGCACUCGCCAUUGCAAUGUCGAGCUUUACCACUACUUUAAUCUCACUGACAACUACAGGUGCAGCUGUCAUCUUUUCACACUGUAUGUUCGUGAAAAGAGCAGCGUAUCGUCGAGCUUGUAUACUGCAUCGUCCGUGCGUCUCAUCUCAUCAGAGUUUGUUUUGGGGAGCAUUUUUUGUAGUUAAGUCGCUCUCGCUCGUCUUCUCUCUUUGUUGUAUUCUGGAUACACGUUUCUUGGUAUGGCAUCUACAUGUAUCCUUGCUCUCAGAGACAGUGACACUCGUUGUGAACUGUUGCGUCCUUCCUACACAGUUUAAUCAAGCCUUCUAAGAAAUGUUCGACCAGUAGGGGCAAGUUUCAGCCGUUCAGUCUGGCUGAUCUCGUGAGCCUCCAGCGCUUCUUCCCGGGUAUUACGGACGCCUAGUUUCAGUCAUUUUUCCGUUCACGUGGUUGGUGGCAGUCCCAUUGCCAAUUUACGAGACUUCCUUAUGAGUAUAAUCAGCUUUUCUCUUUCACUAUUCUUCUUAUCUAGGUAGGGUGUCCCGUAGCUAAUUCCGCUGUUGGUAAAGACUUAUGCAAGUUUUAGACUAGGCUUCUCAAACCCCCUCAGCUAUCGGGUCGCAGUAGCGAAAUUUCUUGCUGCAAGGGACGGGACAGUAAAGUAGGUAGAAGCGGGAAGGAGCGGUGUAGUUUGCAGAGAAUGUCAGUUAAACGUUGCCACUUGAAAGGCGGUGGUUUCCAUAUCUCAUGUAAGGGUCAUUUCAUAAUAGCAUUUGGUGUCCGUAUUAGAACAACAUAUCGAUAUCAAUUUCCAGAAUAACUACAAAUCCGGACGCCAAUUCAGUAACACAGGUUUUUUUUUUUUGUACGAUUGUGUUUGAACGCAUGAUGACCAUGUGGCGACACACUGCGCACAGACCGGCGCAGUCUCCGCCUCGUCACUAGCUAGCCCGGCGUGACACUGCUGCAUGCUACACCACGCCUCCGAUAAGGGACAGCGCUACCGCAGCGUCACCGGAGGCUUACGUCACCGACGGUGGCUAUAAAACCAAGCUGCCAAGCUCGGAAGUAUUGAUUCCUUCGCUACCCCACUGAGCCCAGCGUCCGUAUAUUCGCCCCGCUGCUGCUACUACGCCAAUAAACAGUCGU